GGCUCGCCCGACGCGUUUCGAACGGGCCAACGGGCGGCGCAGGGGGGGCGGGCGCGCGCAGGCCCCGCCCGGGACUUUAAAGCGCCAUUUUGUGCUGGGCGCAGGACAUCGAUCGCUGCUCACACCCGGCGGGCGUCCGGCGGCGGCCGGAGUCUGCCUUCUGCUGCGCUGCCUCCGCUCUGCCUUCUCGGCGUCUGUCCCGCCACCCCGUCCCGCUGCCUCCAUGACCCGCAGUAGGAAGCAGGCGGCGAUGGAGAGAGGAGCCGGGAAGAUGAACACAGAGGCGGGGAGCGCCGCGGCGGCGGCCGCGGGAGCCCGGGCGGCGACGGCAGCAGGGGCAGGGGCAGCCGGCGGCGAACCGGCGGCCGCCGCCUGGGGGCUGGAGGGGGAGGCGGAGAAAGUUGUGUACUCGCGCUCGCAGGUCUCCUUCGCCGGCACCAAGGCGCUGGGCGACGCCCUCAGGCUCUUCAUGCCCAAGUCCACGGAGUUCAUGAGCUCCGACUCGGAGCUGUGGAACUUCCUCUGCAGCCUCAAGCACGAGUUCUCCCCGGUCAUCCUCCGCAGUAAGGACGUCUACGGAUACUCUUCCUGCCGCGCCGUCGUCCCCGACCCGCCGCCGCCCUCGGAGCGGCCCCGCCGCCGCGCCGGCAAGCGGCGCCUCCCGGCCGCCGACGCCAAGCGCCGGGCCGGGGCGGCGGGCGGCAGCGCCAAGCGGCGGCGGCGGCGGCGGCGCCGCAGGAGGGAGCGGGGCAAGCAGCGGCCCGCGGCCGCUGGCCCCCGCGCCCAGGAGGAGGUGGCGGCGGCGGCGGAGGCGCCGGAGCCGCCGGGCCAGCAAGCGGACAGCGAGCAGGGCAGCCCGGCGGCGGCCGCCUGGGGGCCGUUCGGCGGCAAGUCGCUGGAGGAGAUCUGGAAGGCGGCCACCCCUCGCCUCACCACGUUCCCCACCAUCCGUGUGCGGGGCAGCAUGUGGAGCCGGCGGAGCCUGGCGGCGGCGCGGCGGCGGGCGCAGCGGAUCCUCGGCGUGGACCUGUCCCCCGUGGUGCGGGUGCGCCGCUUCCCCGUGGCACCGUCCUGAGCCCGCGGGGGCUCCGCUGCCCGCGCCUCACCUGGGCCGCGGUGCGGACAAAGAGACCGGUAUCAGUCACCUGUUUACAUUGCUUUUGUCUGGAUCGUGUUCUGCUGCUGCACUUUAUGGGCCGCUCGGGCGGCGCCGGGCCCCCCGCCGUACGGGGGGCGGCCUGCCGGGCCCCGGCCUCGCCCCGGGCUGGGCCCGCCUGACAGGUAUCACGCGUGGGGACCAAGUUCCACUUCCACUUUUUUUUCUCUCCCAUUGGGCUACCUCACUGGUCCAGAAGUCCACCCAAGAAGUUAUUUUCCAAAGGAACUUACUUUCAUGCUUGUAUAAUAAAGCACCAUCUGAUUCUUGCUAUUUUUUUUUCCUUUCCCCCCUUCCCCUUUUCCGAUGGAUUAUGUAUGCUUUGUGGUGUUGCACUAGUAUGUGCUCAGGGUAUUUUGAAUCCCAAGCAUUCCCAAGUUUCAGUUUACUCUGAUAAAGGAUGCGUAAAGAAUGGAGGUUCAGGACUUGUGGCUGUUCUUGAUGGUGCAAAAACUUUUUAAAUUUUAAUUUCAUGAGUUUAGUGAUAUAUAAAGAUGUAUCGCGCAGUAUAAUUGUUACACUUUUGUAUCUAAAGUCAUUUUUAAAGUUUUCUAGUUGAACUGAGUAUUUGUUUCUAUGGAGCACCUAAAGAUAGAAUCAUCCUGAUAUUUUAUAACCCUGUUUACUUUAGGGAAGCUCAUUUGGUCAACCUAAGUGAACUUAAUAAAAGUCAAAGAACAAA